AUGGUUGCCGACAUCAAUCAGCUUCCGCCUUACACGCCGCCUCCACCAACCAAGGAGGACUUGGACUACGUUGAUCUUGUCAACAUUGACCUCUCAAGGUUCGACGACCCUGAAGGACGGAAACAGCUCGCCAAGGACCUCUACGAAGCUGCCACUGGAUACGGAUUCCUCACGUUGACUAACCAUGGUAUCUCUGACGAGACGUAUGAGCGCCAGAUGCGCAUCGCCAAUGCCGCGAUGACGCUAAAACCCGACGAAAAGGCUCCCUAUGAAGUCACCCCCGAAGAAGAUGCCCGUGGUCUUUACGCUGGCUACAAACCGGCAGGACCGCUCGGACAUAAGGGUGGCUUUCCUAAGGCCCUGGAUCACUACAACAUGCUGGUUCAUGACCCCAAGAACCGCCCCCACCCCGAAAUCAUUCGCCCGUUCAUGGAGGAGACGUAUGGGGUCAUGAGCUACAUCCGCACUAACAUCCUCGUUAAGCUGCUUAAGCUUGUCGCCAUGAUCCUGGAGGUGCCGGAUGAGUCUGUUCUCUCUACACACGCCCCUGGCGGAUCCAAGACGGAGUACCUCAGAUAUCCUCACGGCAUCGUUGUCAACUUUGGUGAGGCGCUCGAGCGUCUUACCGGUGGUCUUUUCAAGGCUACCAUUCAUAGAGUGAUCCGACCUGAGACUAAAAUGAGCAAAACAGAGCCUCCUGAAGAUCAGCGUCACCUCCGUCGCAUCGGCGUUAUCUAUUUCUCCCGCCCUGCUGACGAGCGUGAGCUCGUCCCCAUCGAGAACUCCCCUCUCCUCCAGCGCAUGGGCACUGAUAAGCCCAUCGACGAGCGCAUCUUCUGUAUGGCCGACUAUUUGGAUGCGAGAAAGCACGGAUGGAAGCGCUACGACUUUGACAUUGACCGGCCCCGUGAGGAGGGCAAGCACCAGGACCCCUUUGAUGGCGAAUAUACUGACCCAGAAGGUCACAAGAGUCUUGGCAAGUUUGACAACAUGCCUCGUCUUCAGUACAGUCUCCCAACUGUAAAGACUGGGACCGCAUGA